GCCUGUAAGAGUAAAUCUGACUUUGCUGUGAGUGACACUGCUGCCACUAUUGUUUGCAAUUCAACACAGUGUCACAAUGGUCUGAAAAACUGUAUUUGAUCAUUCUAAUAUCAGAAUAUAAUUAUAAAUGGACUCAGCUAACUCUGUCAUGAAAGUCAAUGCCAGAUGCACACUUCACCGUCACCAGUUGAAUGACAUUAGUCAUUUCAUGACAAAACGCAAAUCACUUCGAGGAAGAUGAUGCGGUCACAGUUUCAACAGGAAGUCAAUGUAUUUCUUCACUUCCGACUUACUCUGUAUCAACCACUGUAUGGUGUCAGUGACCUGGAUGUCACUGUCACUCUGUUUGUUUGGUCGGGCAGUUCACGACUAAUCUAUUCAAUGUCUAUCUAUUCAGUGGAGUACCAAGAAGCUUUGCACAGCCAUCCAUGGUCCCCAGAUGAUGAACCCUUUUGAUUCUGUGGCCAAAUGAAACCGGACUACCUAAUCAGACCAGACCAAUACUCAACCAGAGGAGACCAGUUUAAUGAGGAUUUGUGUGUGUGUUGAUAGUUCUUUUGUUAUGAGAACGUAAGAACAUGUGUAAGAACAUCCAUGUUAAUUUGAAUUAGUGUGAGUGUGAUGUGAAGGCGGUCACCAUGUCUGAGGAGGACAGGAUUAACUGCACAAUCAGCCAUGAAAUCCACCAGUACCUCUUCUCCAGUGUGUAUAUCCUUGUACUAUUGGUUGGUGUUCCCUCCAACAUCUACUCUCUGUACCAUGCUUCUGUACAGCUGAAGCAGAAGAAUGAACUGGGAGUUUAUUUAAUGAACCUCACUGUAUCUGAUCUGUUGUACCUGGCAUCGUUACCACUGUGGCUCCAAUAUAUCUUUCAGGACGACGAUUGGAGUCACAGGGAAUGGUUGUGUCAGUUGUGUGGCUUCCUACUCUAUGAAAACAUCUACAUCAGCAUUGGCUUCCUGUGCUGUAUCAGUCUGGAUCGCUACCUGGCUGUGGUCCAUCCUUUAAGAUUCACCUAUCUCCGCUCUAUGAAUGCAGCAUGGCUUGUUAGUGCUAUCAUCUGGCUGAAGGAGAUUGCAGUAGGCGUGGUCUUCUUCCGCCACAAAGAACUGAGCAAAGACCGCAAGAACCAAUCAGUGUGCUUCGAGCACUACCCCAUGGAGCCGUGGGAGUACCCAAUCAACGUCUACCGCUUCACAAUUGGCUUUGUAUUCCCGCUGUCCAUUCUGUCGGUCAGCUACCUGUGCGUCCUCCGCGCUGUGGGCCGGAGCGCAGGGACACAGCCGAUUCAGAAGAUAAGGAUCCGACAGUUGGUCAGCAGCACCAUUCUCAUCUUCCUUGUUUGUUUCUCCCCAUACCAUGUCUUCUUGUUAGUACGCACCCUCCUGGAGCGGGACUGCGACUUUAUUUCAAAAAUAUUUAACUACUACCACCUGUCCCUGCUGCUGACCACCCUGAACUGCGUGGCGGAUCCUGCUCUCUACUGCUUCGUCAGCGAAAGUGCCCGCCACAGCCUGUACAGAGCCGUAAUCCGACCCUUUGCCAGGAUACUCCAUUGCUGCUGUCGCCGUGGCAAAGCGAGUCCCGCCAACCCAGCUACAGAUUCCCACGAGGUCGCCACUGACGAGAACAACGGCCAGCCAACAGUGAUGCUUCUCACUCACACCAGCACACUCAACAAUGUAAAAACAGACCCUGCCAUCAAAGACACAAUUUUAAUUACACAGAUGGAUGAAAAAACAAUCAUACCCUCAAUUGUACAAAGUAACAAACAUUGACAACAGUUUGGACAGUGAUGGAUAAUCCAGCUGUGUGACAGCAAUGGAGGAGCUCAGCCAAUGGUCAGAGAGGAUUGAUGACACUGACUAAAACUAACAUAAUCUGGGGACCAAUCAGAAACUGUAUUAUCAGAGGCCUCAGAGCAGCGGGAAUAAAAAGAGGAGACAGAUUCUAAGACUAAUCUUUGUCAUUGGAAAUGUCUUUACAUUGUUAUGUUUCAUGUGGUGGUACCUGUAAUGAAUACUGCUGGAAUAUGUAACCCUUGGGUGGGAAUUUGCGAGUAUUCCUUUAAAUGAGAAGUAUUAAACAUAGCACCCUUUAUGAGUGAAGACGUAAGUAAAGGCUUUAUUAAUGGUUAAUCCAUUUUACUUAUGCUUUAUAGAUCAACUUUAAACCAUUAACAAAAGCCUGCUGUGGUUUAGCUUGAAAUUAUAUUGUGUCUGGGCAUGGACAAAAUCAGGUGAGCCAACUUCAUCCACUCUUAGGUGCAUUGUUUUUACAACAGUUACCAUAAUACUUGCUAUACCAGUUCACUAGUGUAUAAUAAAGUCAUAUUGCCAGCGUGAACAAACUUACCACCCAAUGGAGGACAUGGCAUAAUUUAGUUGAGAGACACAAUUUUUUGUUACAUUCAGGUUGAUCAUUUUAAUUUGUGAUCUUUUUUCUUCUCAUGUUCAGAAAAAACAUAUCUCUCCUCAUACUGUCCAUGGCUGCAGCCCCUCUUUUAAGCCUCUGUCUGAAACGAUUGGUUUCAGCUCCUGUCUCUUUAAGCCUGCCCUCCAAAAAAGCCCAGUCUUCUCUGAUUGCCCAGUUUGUACAAUCUGUUGUGACUGGUCAACUGCUUCCAGUGCGUGUAGGAAAAGGUGGCCUCCGGUUUCACUUUACCUGACUUUGUUAGGAGGCGUGUCCGACUAGCUGCACAUUUUGCAAAUUUGGGGCAGCCUGUCUCAUAAUGUCACAUGACAUCAUGAUAAUGUGUAAGUAUGGGCCGGACUACUGAUGAGGUAAUUCAGGUACUUCAGUGUUGUCUGUUGGGGAGAGGAGAUCCCUUUAUCGCACAAUAUAUAACACACUGAAAUCUGAAAAAGCAUCUUAUGUCUCCUUUAAAAUGACAAGUGAUGAUGGUAAAUGUGCAAAGAUCAACAGCAGCUCAAGUAGUAAAGAGUCAUCAAGUCAGCAGACAGUAAUGUCUGUUACACUGGUAACAUAAGCCACCAUAAGCUACUGGUGUGUUUCACUGCUUACAGAUUCAACGUUUCCUUUGUCAGUUCAUUGUUUCUUCCAUCAAACGUUAAGCAGUCUUGCUUUUAACACAUUUUAAUGGUUUGACCAGACUGUAUUUCCCUCUUUGCUAACUUCUAUGCUAACUUGAAUUAUUAAUUAAAGGUUUGUAAUAACUUACAUCUGUUUUAAAAAGUGUUACUAUUUAUUCUUCAUGAAUGUCAUUUUUUAAGAAAGUGAUGCUUUUUUGUGAGUCAAUGUCUUGUGGCAAAUUUAAAUGUCCAUGAAGGUGUCAGUGAAUGCAGAUGGGUGAUCAGUAUAUGACGUGUUCUGCUCCUGUGCUAUGAAACGAUGAAUGUCAGGAGAACAAUAUCCAGUGUUUACAUGUUGCUAUGUGCAUGGGAAUAGUUCUAUAUUGUUAUGCUCAUAAUAUGACAUUCUUACAUAGAUCAAAUAUUGUUAAAGCUAUGGUUGUUACGAACAUAACGUUCAAAGUAUUGUGUUAUAAUGAUAAAUGUUCAAAUGACCUCUUCACAGAUAUGAACGUGAAGGUGAUAUUUUUCUAAAAGUAUGAAACUGUAUGCAAACUAAAGGACAGCUAUGCUUUUAAUUGUGUGUGUUUGCUGUGUAGAGCCAUACUAUUGUGUGUGUGUGCACGUUUGUUCUCUGUGCAUACUGGUGUGGUUUUAAUGUGACCUCAGCCUUUGCUCUCUGACGCUGGUGGUGUCAAUAACAGGAAGUAGGGGCAGUGUGACCUUUUCAGUUUUCUUGCCCUUUUUUUUCUUUUUGUCGGGGUCAAACAACCGAAAGACAGAGGCAACUUUCAUACCGUUUGCCGACACUUUGAAACAGCAAAUAGGUGAAGGAAUAAAAUGCAUCACUUACACCACAUGCAGUUAGUCACCUGUUUCUCAUAAGAAGAGCGCGAGAAGCACCGGGUGUAAGCUAGUCCCUGUCCCACUUGCUGCUGAAUCUGUAAAUUGUGUCGGUCCGGACCGAGCUUCUUUAUCCUCUUUUUUUCUUGUUUGAGUUGUUUUUGUAAAGAAAUGCCGAAGUUCCACUGAAGCCAGUCAGCUCGCAGCGGAAGUAACUCAGUGACGUCGGAUGUACCUGAGAUGGCGUCGACAACUUAUAUUGAAUGCUCAUUAAGUUAAAGAUUUUUAUAGGGGCUAGGCUAGGCUAACCGGAAGGUCAGCGCUUCAAUCCCAGUCUUCCCAAUUUGUAUGCCGAAGUGGCAAGAUGCAUAACAGAGUGGCAAGAUGCAUAACAGAGUGGCAAGAUGCAUAACAGAGUUGUUCUCUAUAAUCACAGUAAACUGAAAUAUGUUUGUCAGUGUUGAGUGUUCCAUGUUUUCUCCUCCUUUCGAGUUGUGGUUACUUCAGACAACUGCAAGCAAUAUAAAUUAUUUUUGUAAAAUAUCAUUCCAUUUUGAGGUGCAGGAAAAAUUAAAAGUGGUAAAAAAUAAA